GUAUGGUUCUCCACAAUGAGCUGCUCUGGGAAACAAUGGCCUUCCAGUGUCUCUGCGGUCUGUCUCUGUCACUCCGUUAUUGGGUCAAGCUGCAAGGGAAGGUGUUGCCCUUCCUUCAAGCCUGCUUCUUCCUCUUUCAGGUACGAGCACAAGUGCAUAAUUAAAAUGACUGAAACACCAAAGGUGGACCUGAAGUACCACGUGAAGACCAGACACGAGCAAGGCUGGGCAAGACCUGGUGACAGUGGCACGAAAGGGGACCUUUGUGAGACGCGCCUCCUUCAUCGAGCAGCGCUUUCUCCAAUAAGAUUACCGGCAUUGACUGUAAUGCCAGGGAGAGACCAGAAAGCCGAGGAGAAAGAGCCUCGCACCAGGCAGCUACCAGCCGUCCCGGGGAGACCCUUGCAGGAUAAAGAAGAGCAAGGGAAAGUCAUUCCUCUGGUGACUCCCAGGAUGGUGGACUUCAUUGCUGCAGCGGUGGAGGCGAAUAGAAGGAUUGCCGCCGAGAAAAAAUGCGCAAAGACCAGGAAGGGAAAGGAGCAGAAGGGGAAGACAGUGAGGAAGGAGAAGGAGGAGAAGGGGAAGACGGUGAGGAAGGAGAAGGAGGAGAAGGGGAAGAAGGUGAAGGAGAAGGAGGACAAGAUGAGAAAAGAGGAGAAGGUAAAGCAGGAGAAGGUGAAGGAGGAGAAAGGGAAGAAGGUGAAGGAGGACAAGAUGAGGAAAGAGGAGAAGGUGAAGCAGGAGAAGAAGGUGAAGUUUGUGCAGCAAGAGAAGGUGAAGGUCGUGAAACAGGAGAUGAAGGUGAAGAACGUGAAGCAGGAGAAGGUGAGGAAGGUGAAGCAGGAGGAGAAGAGUAGAUUUUCAAAACAUGCCCAGAAGUUCUUGGCUGAAGAGGAAAAAAAGAACAAAAUGCUGAAGAAACAGAAAAAGAAGCAAGCCAAGCAGCAAGAGUUGGAAGCAGAGAAGACGGAAGCCCAGCCAGAAGAAGUGGAGAUGCCAGUGGCUCAGGAAUCCUCUACCUUUGAGGAAGAAUAUUCCAGCUCUCUGUCUGAGAGCGAGACAGAGCAGUCCAGCUCCAGCUGCAGCUCCAGCCACAGCCUGAUCAAGAGGAUGAUGGGGGAGCAGGAAGAGGCUGAGGAGGAGCCACCCAGAGUCUCCUGGGACAGCGCUCAUUUCCCAAAACGGAGGCUUACUCCAGUGACAGAAGAGACCCUGCGGGAGGUGGUGAAGUGCAUUGUGGAGCAAGUGGCCCGUGAGCAGCAGGGACAGAGAGAUGCAGAGAAGGAUCUGCAGGGCCGGCUCCAGAGCGAGCUCGCAGUGCUGCGGUGGAGUCAGUGGAGUCGGUCAGCAAGAGAAGCACCCAGCAUCCUUUCUCUGUCAGGACCUCAGUAUAGACCUGCACCCCCUCCUGGGCCAAGGCCGGGCAAGGCAGCACGGGUAGGUGGUGUGGGCUCCUGUAAGCACCAUGUCAUAGCUAGCCAUAGCAAGCCACGGGAAGACCCUCUUGGGCCUGUGGGAUGGAGAGCAGCUGGCCGCGGAACUGGAGACCUCUGCACAGACAACCCUGCCAGCCAGCUAUGUGCUCAGGCCAAAGUCUAAGCCCUCGCCUGACUCAGUGCCUGGUCAAUCAGCCCCACAGCAGGCUACCCCAGAUUGGGACUGGCCACAAGGGCUGCAAUUACAUUACAGGGACCAUGAGCCUGCUCUCUCUAGCCACACACGAGCAGAGCCACUCUCUUAUACUGCAGAGACUUGCAGUGUUGUGCUGCUUGUCUCUGCAUUCACAGAACUACAGAGCUUCACGCUGAACUCCUUAGGCCCGGAGAGUAGUUCCUGCGCACGUCAACAAGGAGCACGAGAGAUCUGCCAGCACUGAGACUCCCGAGACAGACAUCCAGCAAGUGUCACCCUCAAUGAGGACCCUCAAUGAGGACCCUCAAU